CGGUGAUGCUGUCUAACUGAUACUCAUUGGCUGUAACAGGACGGUGAUGCUGUCUAACUGAUAAUUUUAAGUAACCAUAUCAUAUAGAGGUAAAUUAAAACAGCAAAUCUACUAAGAUACUGCGUGAAUUUCCUGACAAAGUAUAUUUUCUCUGUUGGCGGAUUUGGCUUAUAUUUAAGAGACGGCGUACGGCGAUCUACGAAAACAAAAAAUAUUAAUUUUAAGACCUAUUUAACUAUGGACCGAGAGACUCUUCAGUAACAUCGCGGCCAUCACGAUGAUGAAUGUAGUGAAGACGACGAAAACCAAGGACGAGUUUGAGCACAAGCCGCUGGUUGGCAAAGCCAAGGAAGCGUUCAUGAGGGUGAUGGACAAGAGUCCAGAACCCUCGCUCAGCGAGAAGGUGGCCGUGUUCUUCAACGAGACGAGCUUCACGCCUUUGGUGCGCAUCUACAACGCAUCCAACUGGUUCAAGAGGAUCUGCUGGCUCGUCGUUGUCCUCGGGAUGCUCUCCUGGCUGUCCGUGCAGUGCAUUUGGCUCUUCCAGCGCUACUUCAGGUACCCCGUGGAGGUCAAGAUGGAUAUCGUGUUUGCCAAGGAGCUGGAGUUCCCGAGCGUCACCGUGUGCAACAUGAACCCUCUGAAGAGGUCAAUGACUAAAUACGAGCCUUACUUCUUGCUGGAGGGUUUUGUGGAUCCCAAACCCGAGAACCUGAUGAUGACACGCUUCAUGGAAAAACACAUAGACGAGGAUUCUACACAAUUUCUUACGACUUAUACACCACCACCAUCAGAGGUUACAACUACAGCGUCACAACAACCAUCAGAGGCUACAACUACAGCGUCACAACCACCACCUGAAAGUACAACUACAGCGUCACCACCACCCGAAAGUACAACUACAUCGUCACCGCCACCUGAAAGUACAACUACUACUUCUGGGAAAAGGUGGAGGAAGCGAGACACUAGCGAGGAGACCCAGCGCCGGGUUGCCACGAACAAGACUUACAACCAGUGGACCAUGCUGGAAGACCGGAACCUGUCCACGGCGUACUACCAACAGAGGGACAUGGGCUACAGGGCGGCCAUGAAGUACGCCUCCUUCUCUCAGCUUUUCUCACAGUCAGUCGUCAUGGCAGGGGGACACAGUAUCAUGGACUUCAUAGUGUCCUGCAAAAUGGGAGGUUUUAUGUGUUCUCCCAUGAAUUUCACACAGUUUCUGAACCACAAGUACGGCAACUGCUUUACAUUCAACGGGCCGGACAAUUUGGUUAACUUAAGCACCCGGUUUGCUGGACCUAUUUACGGUCUGUCGCUCGAGAUGUACAUAGAGCAGAAGGAGUAUAUAGGGUCGUUGACCCAAGCUGCCGGUGUGAGAGUGCUGAUCCACCCACGUAACUCUAUGCCGUUCCCAGAGGAUCAAGGCAUUUCCAUACCGCCAGGGUACGAAACCUAUGUUGGGAUCCGAAUGGUUGAUAUAGGACGUCUGCCUGAGCCUCACGGCACGUGCGCCUCCGAGGGGACAGAACCCGACUUGUACAUGACGUACCAGAACACGACGUACUCCAAGCUCUCCUGCAUGAAGUCCUGUUACCAGAGGAUCAUUUUAGAAAACUGCGGCUGCGCAGUGCCUUUCUUCUAUGUGGUGAAUUGGACAAAUGGCUGUAACAUGUCAGAUCCAGAAACAGAGAUGUGCGUGAAAGAGUUACCGAGUACCCAGUCAGAGGCUUACGACCAGUGCAAUGUGAAAUGUCCACCGCCGUGCAGUGAGGUGAAGUUUGAGAAAACAAUAUCUUCCGCACAAUGGCCUUCGGGUCAGUAUGCUAAAACGUUGAGCGCCAAAAUAAAGCAGACAAGCUAUCAGUUUAUGUCAUCGGAAAUUAAUCCCGAGAAAGAGUUUGCGAAGCUCGACGUCUACUAUGAAGACCUGAUGUAUGAGAAAAUAGAACAGCAGCAAGCUUACGAAUCGCCCAAUCUGAUCAGUGACGUAGGCGGUCAGCUGGGCCUGUGGCUGGGUCUGUCUGCCUUCACCCUCGGGGAGCUGUUGAGUUUCCUCGUGUCUCUUGCCAAAACUGUGUGUCUUCAGAGGAGAAACCGCGCGCCCGUUGUUACACCCGUCGAGAAACUCGAUUUAAACACCAUCCGGGCUUAGACAGACAUCAUUAAAGGGACUAUCGUCAGUUUUCAGCCAUAACAAGACUCCAAUUAGACACCCCCCACCCCCAACGGAAUAAACACACAUCUUGCUUUUAAAGCACUAUAUUGCCUGAACAUGUUUUAAAUAUAAAACAUUAUACGGACAAAUACAUUUGGAAUAACAUUUGGUAUUAAAGUACUAUGUUUCCAUGUUUUAAAUAUAAUGCAAUGUAGUUUGAUGGCGAUGUUAAAGAAGAUGCCACACAUUAUACAAAGGUAAAAUGAAUUUCUUGACCAUCAAAUAGGGAGCGGGACUCCACCUAAAUCUGCGCCUGAACAUGUCCUACUCAGCUGCGCCUAGUUAUUAGUAAUGUUGUUACUUGUAAUAGUCCAUAUGGAUGUAUACCACUACCAAAUCGAAACAAAUCCAAAAUCCUGACGAUCAACUAGCAACCUAUGUGGCUAAAGCAACAACCUUUCGAUUAAAAUAUACUCUAUACAUAUAAAGACUAUAAUCCCUCAACAUUAACGAAAACCACUAGUAUGCCGAUAGUCUUGGAUAUAUAGAACAGCAAACGUCUUUGUCUGCUCUUAGUUCAGCAUAUUUUGACUUGGUGACAUCAAGCACACAAGUACAAGCCCCAUGUUCAACCAGCAAACGUUUCGCUAACGUUCGCGAACUAUUUGAUUGAUUCCCGGCAUGGAAGCGUAUAAACCAGUCUAGCGGACGUUUUUCUGCACGGUCUGGCUGAACGCUGCCCUGGUAUGAUACACCAAAGCAACACAUUAUGACAACAUGUCCGAUAUAUCAUCAUUAGCAUACAAGGUGGUAUUUAAUGCUCUGUUUAAAAUUGGUCGCACUUCGAACUUCGACCGGAUGAUACGAUGCUGUGGUGUGUAAUGAUGGGAAAACUUUAUAUUCAUACUCUUCGAUUUUCUAGAAGACAAAUGCUUGAAAUAUCUUGGAGGGGGUGGGGUAUUACCGCUUGCUCAAGUAGACCGUUAUGUUCACGAUUUCUUUUAAGACGUGUGACAGUGCUGCCUUUUUCACUUUUCGCUUUCAUACGACGUUUGUUUCAAAUUGACAUAUACAGGUACUUAGUUUUACCGACCAACGCCUGGUCAACAAAUAUAUUAGGACAAAGAUUGGGCUAUGGAUGUAUCAUUAUGUUGUGUUUUGGUAAAUGUUUAAUAUUAAUUGUACGUUGGAGUUUUAUUAGAAACCUGCUGCCCAACCCCUAUUUGAAUUCGUCUCUGGUACAGACCCCUCACUAACCACUAACCAACUAACCAGUGGCGGAUCCAGAGGGGGCCCCCAGUGACAUGAGGUGGAAUGCCAAGGGAACUUUGGGGGAGGUUUGGAGGGGGAUCGUAAAAAAAGAAAG